UUGCUUCAGAAGGCUUUAGGAUCUCAUACUGUACAUGAGCCGUUUAGUUCAUUUUUUUCCUCACUACCAACCAAAAUUCAAAGACAAACACAUGUAAUCGUCUUUUUUGCAAUACAACAUAUUUUUUUUACGUUUAAUUUUAGUAAAAUAUUUCCAGUGAGUCAAUCGAAGGAAGUGUGAUUCAGUGUCUAGUGACUGAGUUUAAAUCUUCGAAGAAAAUAGUCAUAGAUUUUGUACAAAUUAGUGAAUUAAGGUGCAAAACAUUUUUAAUGUAUGUGAUUUAGUGUGUUUAAUUAAAAGUCAGUGUGAUUUUGGAGACGCAACGAAAUUUAAGAAAACAAAAAUUAUGUCGGCAAUUCAUGCAAUGAGCUCCAAUUCAAACAGUCCCACCGAUCCUCUGCGACAUAAUCUCAAAGCAAACGGAAUCAUUUCACAAAAUAAUAGCAAAACCACGAUGGUCUAUUCACCAUUAGCACUUUCCAACAAUACAAACGUGAACAACAACAACAAUAAUCACAUAACAAACAAUAAUUCAAAUGCUGACAAUUCGUCAGGUUAUCGAAAUAAUGUCACCCCCGAAAAUUCCACACUUUGCAAAACCACACUAUUCUUUCCGGAAAAAUUUCAAAAUUUUACCAACGAAAAAAUGUUUGUGCGAAAAACAGAAAGUGAUUUCGAAAACAGUCGACUGAUUGACUCAAUGUCAAAUCGAGAAACAGAUAAUCAAUCGCAAGCUUAUGCUGUGUCACCGUCAUUAGUUUUAUCGCCGAAUGGUCAAUCGACGAGCUCAUCGGGAAUUUUUAAUUCAGAAAUGGGACGCAAAACAUUCGAUUUUAGUCCCGAUCAUAUAGUGUGUUUGUGCGAAGCACUUCAACAAAAAGGUGAUAUUGAUAAAUUGGCACAACUUUUAUAUAAUCUGCCCAAAAGUGAAUUGGUUCGGCCGAACGACAGUAUUCUAAGAGCGCGAGCCGUAGUUGCAUACCACCAAGGUCUCUAUCAUGAUCUGUACAAAUUGCUCGAGUCACAUUGUUUUUCCGCGAAAUUUCACAACGAAUUGCAAUUGCUUUGGUUCAAAGCGCACUACAAAGAAGCCGAAAAAGUUCGAGAUCGUCGACUAGGAGCCGUCGAUAAAUAUCGUAUACGGAAAAAAUAUCCGCUGCCGAAAACGAUUUGGGAUGGUGAAGAGACGGUUUAUUGUUUUAAGGAAAAAAGUCGAAAUGCGCUCAAGGACUGUUACGAACGUAAUCGGUAUCCGACACCCGAGGAGAAGAAGUUGCUGGCGAAAAAGACAUCGCUUACUUUAACACAAGUGUCAAAUUGGUUUAAGAAUCGACGACAAAGGGAUCGAACUCCGCAGAGCCGUUUGGAUAUGAUACCAGUGAUACCCAGCUCAGGGAUAGACAGCAAUUUUUCACGGCUUUUCACCCAUGGCAAUUACCCGCACGCCUCAUACGCAAAUGAGGAUGUGUAUAGUACAUAAAACAUACGAAAAACACACACACACAUAAAAAAAUGAUAUCUGGCCAAAGAGUUUCGCCGCAACCCAAAAUGACAACAAUAUUCAACGUGAAUUAAUUCCCUCGAAGCAUGAAAAAGCAAAGACAAAAAAGACGACUGCUCAUUUUUGUGGUGUGAUUCAAAUUCUCUUCUGUAAUAAGUUUUAUUAAAACAACCAAGCAUUUAUUUUCGUGUAUUUUUAUUUUAUUAGUAAAAAAGUAUGAUAAUAUAAACGAUUCGAGCAACAUAUUUUUAGAUGUGCAAAAGAAAACAAAAAAAAAG